GCCCGGAGCCAUGAGUUUCGCCAUCCGUCGCUGCACCCCUAAGGACCUGAAGGAUAUCAUGCGGUUUAUUGAGGAGAUUGCAGUCCUUCACAACGUACCCUUGGGCUCAGUCAGAACCAGCGUGGAAGAGCUGAAGAAGGCUGGCUUCGGGGAGCGCCCCAGAUACAAGUGCUUUGUGGCUGAAAUCCCAGCAGAGAAAAAAUGCAAAGACGGUCGCAGUCUUGCUGGGUACACCCUGUUUUCGUACACCUAUAACACCUUGCGAGGGAGGAACGCCUAUGUCGACAAUCUCUACGUCAAGCCAGAAUUCAGAGGGAGAGGAAUUGGCGGUGCGCUUAUGAAGCAAAUGGCCGAGGAUGCUUGGAGCCAGGGGUGCACCCAGUUGCAAAUGCACGUUUCCGCUUCGAAAGAGGAUGAUUUUGGGUUCCUUUUUCGCCGCGGAGGCGAAGACCUCACUUCCACGGAGGGCUGGGAUCUCUUGCGCAUUCAUAGCCACGACCUGCGAGGGAUGGCGUCUCGGAGCAAAUUCUAGGCUGGUGGAGCUCCUGGGGCGAGAUUUGCGACUCUGGAGGAAAGGCAAGGAUCCCUGGAAAACCCGUUAACAAAGCCAGGACUCCACACAAAUGAUAUAUGUGUCAAAAAAAUAUGUGUACAAAUAAAUAAAGGAGAGGUGUCUUCGGA